CUCCACAAUGACGUUUGUGUCGACAAACACUCGACCAACGUUAGUGGAAAGAUGGCGCACGCCAUUUACGCAGUAGUAGUGUUGUCACUGGUUCAAAUCUCCAAACAAGUUACUCGUGGAGACUGGGAGCUCUCCGUUACUACAUCUCCAUCGGAAUCCAUCCUCGAAGGAAGUGACGUCACGCUCACGUGCCUCAUCACGAGCAACCAAGCCUCCACUGGAUGGGUUCAGUGGCAGCACAGUCCGAAUGGAGCUUCCUUUUUCCCUCUCACUGAACCAACAUAUACAGUUUCAAGCAACAACUUGACGCUGACAGGGGUGUCCAGGAACCAGACUGGCUGGUACCGAUGUGUGGGGACCAGCGUCUGGACAUCAAACUAUUGGAAUCCAAACACAUUUUCCGACUCGACUGCUGUGGAAGUCUUAUAUCCUCCUGAAAUUACCAACAAGGACAGGACGUGGACUGGUGCCAACGACAACUACACAGCAACCUUGGAAUGCAUCGUCCGAAGUAAUCCCCUCCCCAGGGUCACUUGGUACGGUCCAAAUGACACCAUUAUUACCCAUUAUACCAACCCUGACCGGAUCUUCCUGGAAGACACCAUUACUGGUAGUGGGGCUGUGGGCUAUCUCAUCGUCAGUCACUUGAUCAUUACUCCAGUGGCGAACAGCACCGAUUAUGGGAUGUACAGGUGUAGAGCUGCCAACAACAUCAGCACAUACGACGAACAUGAAAUAGAGCUGACAGAAACAGGAAAGCCAGAGCCGCCAAGAGACCUCCAAGUAUAUUAUUCAACAGAGAACGACGUCUGGGUGACAUGGGAGCCAGGCUACGACGGGGGCGAGGAGCUGUAUGCACACUAUAUCAACAUUCGCAAGAUUCCGUGGGAUUUCGACGCCGGUGGCUGGAUCGAACGCUGGCCUCCGACGAUCACCAAAGGCUUUUUCUCUUACCUGGAACAAGGCACGCUUUACCAAGUGGCCGUGUAUGCACUCAAUACGCACGGGGCCAGUUCAUACGCUACAGUGGACGUGCGCACGAAGCCUGCAUCACCGGAUAAAUUAGGUAUAAGAGUGACAUAUAACCAGGCACACCGUAUAAUUAUGGUCACCGGCAUGCCAAAGGACAACUACGACGGGACCUGCCUGCGUCUCAUAGGGUAUGAUACCAGCCAGGGUGAGUGGGUGAGUCUGAGACCAGACCUAGACUGCAUUCAGCGAGACGGCGAGUUCGAGUACUCCGGUCCGAAUUCCGGUCACAUCCACUCUCGAUACUGCCAUGAUGGGUUAUGCAGUUCGCAGUCACACGUGACAGAGGACUAUCCUACUACUGCCCGUCCACCUCUGCCCACCUGGCCCAAGCAUGGGGGGAACACAGCCGACAAUGUCGGGGUGAUUAUUGGCGUCAGCCUAUCUGUCGGCAUAGUCCUGCUGCUUCUUAGCCUUGGAGUCUGCCGGUACCUUGGGUGUUUCAGGGACUGUAAUAAACCCAUCUCUCUCCCUUCAGCUUCAGACAAUGUUGAGCUAACGAGACACGCACCCCUGGCAUCGGGAGCAGAGCCGUACCAACAUGGGAACGACUCACCUCCAACCUACACUGAAGCACUCGAAAUGAUUGUCACUGCUGGCAAUAGUGAUAAUCCCCCACCGGCGUACGAAUAUGUAUCAUCACUCACGACCGACAGGCCGGAGUAUUUCGUGUAAGAAACAUACAACCAGAAGCAACCAACUACCACGUGAUGAAUAAUGAAGACAUGCAACGCAUCCUAUGUAAUCACUGUUAAAGGAACACAGAUCAUCUGCUUUUCCUGUGUUUUGUUCUUUCCAAUAGUAAAACCACUCAAAGUCCAAAGAACCUUCAAAACCUAGCUUCUUGAAGUUUCAGCUGAGUGGAUAUUUAACACAUUUCAAGAAAACAGUGAAAAUCCAUGCUGAACCUUUUGAUCACAAGACAGAAUUUCGUAAAUAAAAACUCCGCAUUCCAAAAUUUCAGUCAAUUAACGUUUGAAAUCACCUACACUUCUUGAUUUCUUUGAAAGGACAGCAAGCCAGACGGAAUGAUUUCAUGGGGUGUUUAGUACCAAACAAGCCUUUCCAUAAUAAUUUUGAAGGUUAGUUUUUGUGGAUAAGAGCAAAUGAUCGCAUAUGCCUGUGUUAUCGCUUUCUUUUCAUAUACAGUAGAAACUGCAUAGCGUAGUAAUUUACUCCUGUUGACAUAUGACUUAUUUUAACAUUUUAUAUGUACUCAGUUUAACAUUUGACGGUAUGCAGAUAUUAUGUUGGUUAAAGUUGUUAAAGUGGGUCUACUACUCAAAAAAAUGUCGGUCGACUUUCUACUCAUCUUGUUGCGUACAGUCAUUAAAACCGACGUGGGAUUAAGCGCUGCUCCUGAAAAAAACACCCCUCCGAACCUCAAGUCGCCAUUCUUACGAAAGAGCAAACGAAAUCCUCUGAGAUUUCGUUAGGUAUAAUGAUAAAAAGUCCAGUUUUAUCUAAAAUAUAAAGAUAAAAAAGUCCAGUUUUUUAUAAAUUAUCAAAGCAGUUAUAACCCAAACACCGAGAACUUUAACUAGUAAUAACUAUUUGAGAUAUUCUUUUAGAAAAGGUGUAACACUUUAAAAUCAAUAUCGUAAGAAAUACUGGCGGGCUACAUCUGUAAAAAGACCUAAAUAUAUUUUUGUACAUCUGUUUUAAUGAAUGGUUUGAUUUAUUCUCGUGUAAAAAAAAUGUAAUCAUGAUAGUUAACUCGUAACAGCUUUUUAUGUGUGUAAAGGAUGAGUUAGCGACGUGCGGACAACUUAACUCUAUGUAAACAAAUAAGUAAACAAACCUGUUAUAUAGUUUAGUAUAUGAAUUAAAAAAAACAAAAUACCAUUUUCCAAGGUAGGCUUUCAAUUUAUUUUAUGUCAACUUAGCAUAAUGGCAUGUUGAUUUUCAAUGAAAACAAAACACCUGUCAGUACGUUUAAAAGUUGUCAAAUGUAUGACAGUACGAGAUCAUAGAAAAUGUUAACAAA